AUGGUGUCCAGCAAGGCUCCCAUCGCCGCAGCCAUAGCUCUGUUGGCACAGAUCUGUCGGGCCAGAAACCACCUGGUCUUCCGCAACGACACGGAGAGCCCGCCCCGGACGGUCACCGGCGAGCAAGGUUGCUACACGGACUUUGGCCGGGACUACCGUGGCAGCGUCCCGACUUUCUCCCGGCUCUACUCGUACACGUUCCCCGUCACCGCGUACAGCUACUUCAUCCCCUCCACCAGCACCAUCACCGUGACGCCCACCGUCACCGGAGGCGGGACGGGCCCCAUCACUUCAACAUCGACCGUCACCACAACCGCGCACGUCACCUCCCUCGGCAGCAUGACAACCAUCACGGCCGGACCUCAAUUCACGCCCCUCGCCUCCGCCCUCCAGCACAGGCGCCCAGAGGGCGGCAGACCGCAACUCCAAGAGACAAAAGACUCGGGCUACAGAAUCGAUUCCUCAUCCGAUAGCCUCGUCCUCGGCGUCGACAAGGCCGGCAUCGCCAAAGCCUACCCGCCCCUCUGGCCGCAAGCCGUCGUCUGCGAGAAAGUCAUCCGCGUCUUCACGACCAGCACGUCAACCAUCACGGUAUCCUACGCAGCAACCACAACGAUUACGCUCCCGGGGCCCAGCAGCACAACAGCACCAGUACAAAACGCAACGACGACGACGACGGUGACGUCCACCAUUACCGACGAGGUGGCUAAUCCCACGCAGACCGUCUACCAGGCCUGUCAGGCGAACAACCUGGUCUCGGGCCACGGCCAGCCGCAGACGUACUUUGUCGAGGCGAUUCACAGCUGGCACGUUGUGCGGGAGCAGCGCAUCACCGAGACGGCGGAGAAAUGCUGCAUUGCGUGCCAGGGGGAGGCGGACUGCGGCGGGAGUUUGUAUCAUAUGUUUUCGGGCAUAUGCUACACCUUCAGGACUGGAGGCGGGGGUGGAGGACGAGGGCCCGGAGGUAACGGGGGCCAUGGGGGCCAUUGUAGGGCGCCGGGCGAGCUGCGGUCUAGUGCUGAUGUUGCUGAUGGGGCGGUUUUCGUCGCGAGUAAUGGGCACUGCGGUGGGUGGUGGGUUUCGGAUGAGGCGCCGGUCUGA